AUGAAUAGUGAUGCACCUUUUGUAUCACAUUCUUUAACUUCGGAGUUUGUUUCAGCAUCAUCGCCAUCUAUGCACAACCGAAGGUCAUCUUGUGCUGGUGUUUACCAAGAUGAAAACUCAUCAAAGAUGUAUCAUAUUGGGAUUGUGGAAUUACAGAAUAUGUAUGUCCUUAUUGCAAAGCGAUCUUGUGGUAUGCAUGCUCCGCAACCAUUGCGGCGGCUUUUACAGCCGAAUGGUGAACCGCGAUCUAAGGUGUUUAAAGAGAAUAUCAAGCUUCUAAAUUCAAUGUUUUCGUUUACUUCUACUGGCGGUAAAGUCUGUUCGGAUGUUAAUGAUGGAGGUGGUCCCUAUACAUAUGUGUUGAAUGGACAUAAUCAUCAUAGGAUUGGUACUUUGUUACCUCAGCAUAUUGAUGGACGGCCAAGAUUUGCACAACUAUAUAUUUAUGACACAGAAAAUGAGGUUGACAAUCGAUUAAAAGCAGUUGAGAAGUGUAUUCAGUCUGGGAAUGAUGAUGCAUGUAUUCGAAGUUUAGUUAAUGAUUUAAUUAAAAUGCUUAAUCGGCACAAUCCAUUAGUUCAGAGCUUUAGGAUGGCCAAAGAAAGAUUUACUCACUUUUCGCAGCAACCUGUUAGACUUAGACUGCUUGGUACACGAAGAAGGGAUGCGAGACAGUUUAAUUUGCCUACGGUCAAUGAAGUUGCUGCAUUGAUUCCGGGUGAUGGUAAUCCUACAGAUUGCCGUGAUAUUAUUGUUGAAGACCGUGGUAGUACAAAUGCGAAACGUAUUUCUGAACUUCAUCCCAGUUACAUGUCGUUGCAAUAUCCAUUACUUUUCCCAUAUGGAGAAGAUAGUUUUAAUGUGGGCAUUCCUGUAAGUAAUAUUAGUGCUGAAAGUAAAAGAAAAAAUGUUUCAUUGAGAGAAUGCUAUUGUUUUCGGUUGAUGGUUAGAAUGGAAGAAGGUAGAACAUUGCAUAGUUCUGGCCGGUUAUUUCUUACAUUUGUUAUUGAUGCAUAUACGCAAGUGCUUGAACAUGACUUACAAUGGUACAAGACUCAUCAGACAACAAUUCGUUCGGAGUUGUAUAAUGGGUUGCAUGAUCGUAUAUUAGAAGGUGAGACAAACUGUGAUUCUAUAGGUCGACGUGUUGUGUUGCCAGCGUCCUUCACUGGGGGGCCUAGGCAUAUGAUACAACAAUAUCAAGAUGCGAUGGCAAUUUGUCGUUGGGCUGGUAUUCCGGAUCUUUUUAUUACCAUGACGUGUAACCCAAAAUGGGUUGAAAUUCAACGGCAUUUGCAGGGAAACACAGUGGGUCACUUAGUAUCUGAAAGACCUGAUAUUGUUGCACGGGUAUUUAAGAUCAAACUUGAUGAGCUCAUGAAAGACAUAAGGAAAAAGCAUCAUUUUGGUGUUCCUAAAGUGGUUCUUUACACAAUAGAGUUUCAAAAACGUGGUCUGCCACAUUGCCACAUUCUUGUGUUUCUUAGUCAAGCUGAUAAAAUUUCUUCACCGGAUGAAAUUGAUAGAUUUAUAUCUGCUGAGCUGCCUUCUGAAUCGGGUGACCCAAUCGGUUUUUUAAAUGUUGGUACUCAUAUGAUGCAUGGUCCAUGUGGAUUUCCGAAGAGUUAUUGUGACGAAACUUUUAUUAGAAAUGAUGGGUGGUCGUCGUAUCGACGACGUAAUAACUCACGUAAAGUUCGUGUUGGUCGGCAAGAUAUUAUGCUAGAUAAUGGAUAUGUUGUUCCUUAUAAUCGUGCGUUGCUUAUAAAGUAUGGUUGCCAUAUCAAUGUUGAAUGGUGUAACCAAGGAAUGUUGGUUAAAUAUCUUUUCAGCUAUAUUAACAAAGGUCAAGAUCGUGCUACCGCAGUAUUGGAAGGUCAAGGUGGGAGAACAACAUUUACAUCACUUUUAAAUCAUGAAAAUGAGAUUGAGCAGUACAUGAACUGUAGGUAUAUUUCAGCAUCAGAGGCGUGUUGGAAGAUAUUUGAGUUUGAGAUGCAUUAUCGUUCAGUGGCUGUUGAAAGACUCCCAUUUCGUGAAGAAGGGUGUAAUAGAGUAUAUUUUAAGGAUCAUGAGCAAAUUUCUCAUGUUUUACAACGAACAACAGCUGCAAUGUCAAAGUUUACUGAAUGGAUGGCUGCAAAUGAAAGGCAUGAGUUUGGCCGGACAUUGACGUAUGCCGAAUACCCAACUUAUUUUACAUGGCAUGAGAAGGAAAGAGUGUGGGAGCCCCGUAAAGGUUCAUUUCAAGUUAUUGGACGUAUAUAUUAUGUACAUCCUACGAUGGGUGAAAAGUAUUAUCUUAGAAUGCUAUUAAAUGUUGUGCGUGGUCCGAGAAGUUUUAAAGAGAUUCGAACUAUUGACGGGGUGGAACAUCAAACGUAUAUGUCCGCUUGUAAAGCAUUAAGUCUUUUGGGUGAUGAUGUUGAAUGGGUUGAUGCUGUACGCCAGGCUUAUCAUUGGCAAUUUGGGGAUCGCCUUCGUGAAUUGUUUGUUACAAUUUUGUUAUUUUGUACUGUUAGUGAUCCUCGGCAAUUAUUUUUUGAUUGUUAUGAAUACCUAUCAAAGGACAUUCUUCAUAAAUAUCGAACAAUUUUGAAAAAAUUUUCAUUGAAUUUCUCAGAUGCUGAAAUAUUGAAUUAUACUAUGGAAGAGAUUGAACAAGUGUUGAUUCAGAGUGGCCGGUCGUUGUCUUCCUUUCCAACCUUACCGCAAAUUGACCAUACUUCGGAAGAUAGAUUUAUCAACAGGUUGGUUCAAUUUGAGAGAAUGUAUGAUGCUAAUGAGGAAAGGACACGUUUUAUUAAGCAAUACGCUGGGUUGAAUAGUCAACAAAAGGAAGUGUUUGAUAGUAUAUAUUCUGCUGUUCAGGCUAGAAAAGGAGGCGUAUUUUUUGUGUUAGGUAGUGGAGGAACUGGGAAAACGUUCUUAUGGACGACCCUUAUAGCUCGUAUUCGAUCAAAUAAUGAGAUAGUUUUGACUGUUGCGUCAUCUGGUAUUGCUUCCUUAUUACUACCUGGUGGGCGUACAACACAUUCUCGGUUUUGCAUCCCUAUUGAAGUUGAUAAGGACUCUUGUUGUGCCAUUGAUGUUGGUUCAGAUUUGGCUAAGUUAAUCAAUUAUGCUUCACUUAUUAUUUGGGAUGAAGCACCUCUACAACAUCGCCAUGUAUUUGAAGCUGUUGAUCGAACAUUGAGGGAUGUGUGUCGAGACAGCAUGGCUGGUGCUGAGCAUAAAGUAUUUGGUGGAAAGGUUGUCGCAUUUGGUGGUGACUUUCGGCAGAUACUUCCUGUUGUUCAGUUUGGUUCACGAAGUGAAAUUGUUGCUUCAGCGAUUAACAAGUCGCCGAAUAUAUGGAGGUCAUGUAAAGUGUUUUCUUUGACAACUAACAUGCAUUUACGUGAUCCAAGUAUUUUUGGUAGGGAUCUUAUUCAAAUGCGGGAAUUUAGUAAAUGGCUUUUAGACAUGGGGACUGGUUGUCUUCCUUCAGUUUCUGUGGAUGGAUCAGAUGAUGCUACAUGGAUUCGUAUACCAAGAGAUAUGUUAAUUUCUGUAACUGAUAAACAUCUUGAGUCCGUUGUGUUAAAUACGUUCCCUAAUAUUAUGAACAGAUUUAAUAAUGUCGAUUACUUGAAGGAACGUUGCAUUCUUUGUCCGACUAAUGAUGAAGUUGAUACGAUUAACCAACAUGUUCUUGAGAAGAUACCAGGUGAAAUGUAUACAUUGUUUAGUGCUGAUGAGAUAUGUGCGAGUACACAAAAUGUUGAAGAAUUGCGUGCUAUGUAUGCUCCUGAGUUUCUUAACAGUUUGAAAUUUUCUGGACUUCCGAAUCAUGUACUACAUCUCAAGUUAUAUGUUGCUGCAUCUCGUGUAACAUCUCGUGUUGGACUAAAGUUCUAUGUGGAUAAUAAAGAAAAAUGUCCUAACAAUAUGACUAAAAAUGUUGUGUACAAGGAAGUUUUUUAUAAUUUGCCAUUAUCGCCAGCUGAUAGUAUUGUUCUUAUAUAUAUUUGCAGCUUAUUACUUUAUAAAAUGAAUCGUGCAAGUAUUUCGGAUUUACGUGCUUAUUUUACCAACAACUGGCAAGUUGAUGUGUUGGUCUCGCGUGCUUGGACAUCGUUCAACCCUAAAACAAAUCGUAUCCUUUCAUUUGACAUGAUUCUAUCUGAUGCACAAGGUUCAUCUAUUCAUGCAAAGAUUCCAUGCUGA